UCAGACAGAUUCUUCUGUCCAAUCUGAGUGAACGGUGUAAGAUGGCUAAAGCUUCCCACCUAUGGUGAGAACGAAAGAGGAGGCCUCAUAUCAGGCAUUUCAACAUGGCGAUCCUAUUCUUCUUCCUUGGUCUUUUCUUCUCAAGGCUGAAUAUAUCCCGCUUCUUCAAGCUUUUAUCUUAGUUUGCAGACCUUAUAGUUAUACAUAUUUAAUGCAACAGGUAAAAGGAUGGCUUACCAAAAAGUCCAUGGAGAUCAGAAUGCACACUAUUUAGAUAGUGAAGACCUUCAAGCCACUUCCCUGGAGUUAGAAUGGGAAAUGGAGAAAGAACUGGAGGAGCUAAGCUUUGACCAUUUUACUUUGGAUGGAGCAAUCCGUCAACCAACUGAGAGUCAAAACGCUGACUUGGAAUCCAUUCAACCAUCAACAUCUCCCAAAGGAAGGUUUGAAAGACUCCAGGAAGAUCUGGAUUAUAUUUCUCACCGGACACAGCAUCCACCAAAGACCAAUUGUUGCAGCUUUUGCUGGAUAUUUAAGCUAUUUUGCAUUGCUACGAGUUUAUUUAUUUUGGGGGUUUUGAUAGGCUACUAUGGACAUGCACAAUGCCCACCUUUACCAACCUCUUCAGAAGCCGGUAAUCCUGCCAUCAUUCAGGAUAUUCUUAAAGCUAUCGAAGCAAAAGAUCUUGCACACAUUUUCAGAGACUUGAUACAGCAGAAUGGAAAAGAAGAUAGAGAUGUUGCAACAAAACUUCUGGGUCAGUGGACAUCGUUUGGUCUUGAAGAUGUCCAGCUCAUCAAUUACACUGUCUUGCUUGACCUGCCAGGCUCUUCUCCAAAUACAGUGACUCUGAAUAACACUGGGAAAUGCUAUUAUCCUAAUGGACAGCCAUGUAACAAAGAGACCCAAACUCACCACAGUCAAGACCUUUUGUACUCCUAUGCUGCUUACUCUGCCAAAGGAACUCUCACGGCUGAAGUCAUUGAUGUACAAUAUGGAAGUCCAGGAGAUUUGCUCAGGAUUAAACAGUUUACUAACGUGUCCAGCAAAAUUGCUCUUUUAAAACUUGGACAUAAGCCUUUGCUAUAUAAGCUUUCACUGCUAGAAGAGGCAGGUUUCAAAGGUGCUCUUCUUUACAUUGACCCUUGCAAUUUACCAAAGUUUCAAAACCUGAGCAAUAAAGCAUUUAUGGUGUCAUUGAACAGUGGUGGUGAUCCUUCCACACCUGGAUAUCCCAGUAUUGAUGGAAGCUAUAAACAACACCGAUCAAACCUCACUUCUCUAUUAGUGCAGACUAUUUCAGAGACGCUGGUCAGGAAGCUGUUCAUUUCCCUUGAGGAAGCUGGUGAAAAUGAAGUUUGCCAGCCACUGAGAUUGCCUUCUGCAGCAGAAAGGAAAAUUGUGACUUUGAAUAUUCAAACUCAGCCAACAUAUAAAACAAUAUCCAAUGUUGUUGGGUAUUUAAAAGGAGCUACAGUUCCUGAUAGAUACAUCAUAGUUGGCAGCCACCACAGCAGUAUGCCUGGCUACAGUAGUGAGCAGUGGGCUCAUGGCACAGCAGUAAUGACUGCACUUAUCCAAGCCUUGAUGAAGAAGGUGAAGAAAGGUUGGAGGCCGGAACGUACCAUCAUUUUCUGUUCAUGGGGUGGAACCAUGCUUGGCAAGAUUGGUUCCUACGAAUGGGCAGAGGACCUUAGGAAAGUUCUCCAGAGGAAUGCUGUGGCAUAUAUGAAUCUCCAUGAUCCAAUAAGAGGCAAAGGCAUUUUAUACUCCGUAGCAUCUCCUUCUGUUCAGCAACUAGCAACUGAAGUUACAAAGAACUACAAGUUCACCUGUCUUGGACCAGAGAAAUGCAUGGAAUCCAACGCUAGUUCAAUUCAAAUGCAAGGGGAUUCUGAUUAUUUCAUUAACCACCUUGGAGUCCCGGCUUUGCAGUUUUCAUACCAGGAUUCAGCCACGUUAGAGACACCAAGCUUUCUUUCUGAAGCUGUUUUUCCGGAGCUUUCGACAAUAUCCACAAAACUGAGUUCUUCCUUCCGCCUGCACGAAUCCAUCACUAAGUUGACAGGAGAAGCAAUUUUGCAAAUUGCUAGCAAGCCAGUUCUGCCUUUUAAUGCCCUGGAUAUUGCACUAGAAGUUCAGGAGAACCUGCAAGAUGAGCCUCAUAAUGUUGGCAAUUUGCUGAAGGUGGCCAAUGCUUUACGGGAGAGCGCAGAAUUGUUUCAAUCAGAGGAGAUGCGGCCAGCCAACGACCCCAAAGAAAGAGCACCUGCCCGUAUCAGGAUGUUGAAUGACGUACUGCAGAGUCUUGAGAAAAACUUCUUAGUUUCAGGUGUUCCACCAGGGUUUUACAGAAACAUCCUUUAUCGACUAGAUGACAGGACACACCAAUUCUCAGUACUCCUGGAGGCAGCAGAGCACUGGAAGUUACAUCAGUCAAAUGAGAGUCUACAAACUAUAUUGUCAAAAGUGUUCAACAGUUUCAAUUCAGCUCAGGUUUGUUUUAAAGCAGGACUCGAAGUCUUUGAGGCCACCUCAGUGGGAAACCAAUGACGAACUUGGCUUUUUGGCAUCUGCACACAUGCCACUAAGAACCUUGUUUACAUUUUCCAGAAGACAAUUUGGGAUCAGACUUGAAAUGAUAUAGGGUUGAAAUCUUUCUUUGGUUUUCUCAACUUUAAAGAAGGAAUCCUUGUUCAAGGUAGUCCCAAAGGCGUGUUUUUUUUCCAAGAGGCAACUGGACUUUCUGGUUCCAGAAAGUCCAGCUGCCUCUUGAAAAAGUACCUUUGGGACAACCAUGACCUGGAUGACUCAGAAUCUCCAUAGACAAUUGUUUCAAGUACCCCUAGAUGAUGCUAAAGCAGCCUUUUGCACUGUUGAGAAUUCAUUGCAUAUUUCUAUUUUUGGAAUAUGUGCGUAUGGGUAACUGUAUGUGUGUUGAUAGAUCAAGAGUCAAUGGAGGAAGAUUUGAAAUUGGAUAACUAGAAAACAAUCCCACACAGUUGAUCCAAGCGGGAAGAAGAAAUUAAGGCACUUUUAUCUUUCCAGUAAUAACCUACUGAAUUUCUAAUUGCACACAGAAAAGGCAUGAAAUAAUCCUUGCCAUUUCCAUGCACUUCCUAUAUGGAAUACCUGAGUUUCCAGGUAUCCCUUAUUUGCAAUCAUUGGUCACAUGUGGCUACUAGGUUUUUAAAUAUAAGGCCAACAUGCCAAGUGCAUUGACUAACAUUUGCCUAAGGUUGCCAUUCGGUAGCAAAAACCAUUUGUGAAACAUUCAUUGAAAAAUAUCUUACUCUGUGGCACUGGAUAUUUCUGUUCAACAAUAGCCAAAACAUCCCACCCAUUUGUGAACAGGAGCAAUGAAAUCUGAUAAUAUGUGGUUGGUCAUGGAUGUUUUCAAAUUUCAUAGAACACCUGAUUUACCAACCCCUGAUUGUUGACUUGCAAGUGAAUUUUAAUUGAAGACUCAAGGUUGAACAGAAUGAACAAUGAAAUGUCAGUGGUGUUAUCCUACUGGAAACAAAACAAAUUAAUAUUUUCUUAUUAUUUAUGCACAAUGGUCAUAGUAUCAUAUACAGGUCUGAAAGAAAAUUAGAGACCAGCCAUUGUGAAAGAGGCAAUAAUCCCUAACCUCACCCAAAUAGAACCAUGUCUGGUGCUCAACUUUUUCUUCACCAUGUACUCCCUUUAAAUACCUCUUGUGGCCAUGGAUUAUGGCCAGGGACCACCAAGACUUAAUUCAAGAUUUAAGGAAGUAUAGUUACCAAACUUCUGUGAUGACAUCUCUGUCGGGGUUCCAAGUAACACCCCUAACAAAAGAAGACUCUGAGGCUUGAGUUUCCUUACAAUUCCUUUUUAUUGAAGAUGUCAUAUUAGCACAUCUGGGAAAACCCAAAUCUGAAAGUUUCCAGGUUUUCCCCACCCAAGUGAAAGUUCAAAGUCCCUUCCCAGCAGCUACAUGUCCAUCACAUGGUCCAAUCAUCCACCGUCCAAACUGGAGACACCUCCCAGUCAUCCAACUCCAGGUGUUAGGGUAAGGCGUCCUUAACUCUCUGAGAAAGGAAUGUUUUGGGGUUUUUUUGCAUUUAUAUCCCGCCUUUCUCCGAAGACUCAGCGUGGCUUACACUAUGUUAGCAAUAGUCUUCAUCGUAUUUGUAUAUUUAUAUACAAAGUCAACUUAUUGCCCCCAACAAUCUGGGUCCUCAUUUUACCUACCUUAUAAAGGAUGGAAGGCUGAGUCAAUCCUGGGCCUGGCGGGACUAGAACCUGCAGUAAUUGCAGGCAGCUGUAUUAAUAACAGACUGUCUUACCAGUCUGAGCCACAGAGGCCCAGUAGUAUGUAGUAUUUUGACUACAUAUCACCCAUACUCUAUGCAAUCCCACCUCACAAUUUCCCACAGAGAAAAUGUGGCAGGCCUGAAGGCCCAAAUGUAAAAGAUGGUUUCCAGGCCUGAUAAUCUCAGCCUCCCCAGGGUUCCACAGACCACAGGUUAAGAACCACAGCCCUAUGAGAUAGAUAAAAUCUAUAGAUUCAUAGAUUUAUAGAAAACUAUAGAUGAAAAAUAAAUUGCAUAGAUCAGGAAACUGAAAUCAAAAUGUGUCUUGAUAGCAUUUUGCUGAAAAUCUCCAAGGAAAAAAAGUUAGGAAUGAGUCAAAGAAAGGUAUUUAAAUACUAAAACAGAUGCAACUGAAAAUAUAGUAUCCUUCCUAUGCUGUUUUUUUUAACUAGAACCAAUAGACAUUAAGACACAUGCUUUCCCAUCAAAACAAUAGCUUUCACUAUGCAUAACCUGAAAGCAAAACCUUUCUUUAUUGUGUGACAGAUGAUAUUGCAUUCCAAUGCCUUUAUUAAUUCAGAGGGAAGCAUUAAGUUUAUACAGCUAUCUGGAUUUGAAAGGGAAAUGUUCUUCUUUUCCUUCUUCAGACUCAGAAAAUACGAGUUUAAGUUACAUUAAGUUUAAUGAAAGAUUGCAUGAACCCAUAGCACAGUGUUCAGUCACAUGUCGGCGAUCCCUAGAAAUCAUCACUUAACUUGCCUGAACUAUACAUGUGAUUCACAUUGAUGGGGAAACAGGUAGCAGAAGAGAUAAAUGUGACAGCUUGCGUGAGACAGAGAAAGAGAGAGGGAGGGGAAGGAAUCACCCAGCAACACAUCCUCAUUCUUUGUAAUAUAAUUUAAAGGAAAAUCUCUUUUGUUUCAUUUUCGGUGAGGUAGGAUCCUUCAGAAUUCCGACUAGGAAGCUCAAUUUAAAUAUAAAUGAAAUGAAGUUAAACUUAUUUUUUUCAUCCUGCUCUUCCCCAUGCUACAUGCGGUAUCCAUCAAAUGGUGCACUUAACUCAGAAAAGAAUUGCGUAGCUUUCCCUUUGCUUUUGAGCACAAUUCAUCACCGUGGGCAUUCAGAAGCAAAUUUCCAUUGAUUUCAAAGAUAUUUUCAGCUAAGUAAGCAUCCUCGAGUUUGUAUGCUUUAAAUGAAAUCUCUUCUGAGGCUAUUGGGGUGCCAUCAAUACAGCAGGAUGCAACUAAAUCAUAUUAGGCAUCGUCAUUUGAUUUCGUUUUGGUAUUGGCUCAAAUAUAGAUUCAAAUUUCUCUUAAAAUAAUACCAUAUUUUUCGGAGUAUAGGAUGCACCGGAGUAUAAGACGCACCUUAGUUUUUGGGGAGGAAAAUAAGAAAAAAAGCUGAUUGGCAGGUGGAUCAGCCUCCCAGAAUACCCAUAAUCAGCUGUUCCCAGAGGUGAAUUUUAGCAACAGGUUCCUUGGUUGUGAGUUCUGUGCCUUGCUUUUUUUGCUUUUUUUCCUGCCUCUGAAACAGCUUCAGAAAAAAAGCCUCUGAAGCUCUGUUUGGGGGCUUCUUUUUUGAACCUCUCUUGGGAGGCUUUUUUUCUGAAGCACUGUUUGGGGGC